AUGCGCGCUUGGCCGGUUUCCAACGGCAUGGUCAGGUGGCUUCUGACCGCUCUGGUGGUGGUGGAGCGAGUUGGGUGUGUGUGUGCGUACUCUAGUUGCGGUGGAGCGACGUGGAGUGGGUGGAGGGAAGCAUGGCGCAUGUCCAGGCAGACAGACGUACUAUUGGGGAGGAGGUGGGGGGAAGAGGAGGGGGGGUGGCUUGUCUCUUCUGGAAGCGGCGCCAGAGUCGAGGAAGAGAGUCGAGAGUCAAGAGAGCCGCCGUGGCCGUGUGACCGAAAGGAGCAAUGUCAGGGUGCGGUCAGGCGGGCUCCGGGCCCAAGACGGCAUAGCGUCGAGUUGCACGAAGAACAGGCACUGGUUGGUAAGGCAUCAGAGGACGGACUAGGUAGGUCCAAGGAACCACAGCGGAGCGUGUAG